AUGCCGUUGCCGCCCGGCGACUCCGAGGCGUGCGCGGGCGCCACGGACCGCGCGCUGCGUGCGGCGGGAGCGGCGCUGCCCCGCCCGCCUGGCGGCAACGGGACGUGCGACUUGGCGUUCUGCUACUGCGGGGUGAGGCUGAGGCGGCUGACGUGCGGACCCCCGCCGGCCGAGGGCGGGCUGUGGUCGCCAGCUGACGCGGCGGCGAGGAGGCUGGAGAGGGACUGCGCGCAGCCGGGCGUCCCCGGCUGCUCCAAAUGCCUUCUUGCUCUUACCACGAUAAAGGCCACUAAUCCCGGCGGUGGCGCUGGCGCGGAGGCAGCGGGCAAGAAGAAGCAGACCGCCGGCCGGUCGAGCGAGAGUGACCGGGACUGCGAGCUCAUGGGGCUCAUGUGGCUGCUGCAGCGCAACGCCACGCGCUACGGAGCGACGGCCACGGCCGUGAUCCAGGCCCUGAUGGCCGUGGACGAGGCGUCCGCCGCAGGUGUCGUCGCGGUGGCGGCAGACGCGGGGCCAGCCGCGGCGUGCUCGCUACCCGUGGACGACAUGCCCCUCCCGGCCGAGUACGCGCAGGUCAGCAGGGCCAGCCACGCGCCUCGUGUCUGCUGCUUCCACCUGGUCGUGCUGCUUGCCAUUCUAAGUUUCCGUUUUGUGUACUCGCUGUAG